AUGCACCCAGAAUUUCUGAUAAACUGUGGUCCUAACACCAGAAAAUGGCUAUCUAAAUUUUACACUGAUAUUCAACAAUCUGGGACACUGCCUCCAGAACUUAGAAAAUCUAAAAUAAUUGCUAUCGUCAAACCCGGGAAAUCAAACGAUCGCCCAGAAAACUACCGACCAAUAGCACUACUCAGCGCGUGCUAUAAACUACUGGAGAGAAUAAUAUACAACCGAAUAAGCCCAAUUAUACUAAAUACCAUCCCGGUAGAACAAGCCGGGUUCAGGCCGGGCCGAAGCUGUUCCGAUCAAGUCCUCUCAUUGACGACUUAUAUUGAAGCAGGCUUUCGAAACCGUCUAAAAUCUGCAGCGGUAUUUAUCGACCUAACAGCUGCUUACGACACCGUCUGGAGGCAAGGCCUGUUGUACAGACUUCUUCAUACUAUUCGCUGCCGAAACACCGUCCAGCUAAUCAACACUAUACUUACUAAUAGAUCAUUUAAAGUUCAUAUGAAUGAUAAAAUUAGCAACUCCAGAACAUUAAAUAACGGCCUAGCGCAAGGCUCGGUACUAGCACCUCUAUUAUUUAAUGUCUAUAUAGCCGACCUCCCAAUGACUCACUCCAUUAAAUUCGCAUACGCUGACGACCUAGCUAUCGUAAACUCAACACAUAGGCCUCAAUGAAACUGAAAGAAUACUCACAGACGAUCUCAACACUCUAGGUAACUUCUUCCAUGCCUGGAGAUUAAAAUUUAACAC